AUGGGCCGCCGUCCAGCUCGCUGUUACCGAUAUUGUAAGAACAAGCCAUAUCCAAAAUCUCGCUUCUGCAGAGGUGUCCCUGAUGCCAAGAUCCGCAUCUUUGACCUGGGCCGGAAGAAGGCAAAAGUGGAUGAAUUCCCCCUCUGCGGCCACAUGGUGUCUGAUGAAUACGAGCAGCUCUCUUCUGAAGCCCUGGAGGCCGCUAGAAUUUGUGCCAACAAGUACAUGGUGAAAAGCUGUGGAAAAGAUGGUUUUCACAUUCGUGUGCGGCUCCAUCCGUUUCAUGUCAUCCGCAUCAACAAGAUGCUGUCCUGUGCUGGGGCUGAUAGGCUGCAGACGGGAAUGCGAGGUGCCUUUGGGAAACCCCAGGGUACAGUGGCGAGAGUUCACAUCGGCCAGGUCAUCAUGUCCAUCCGCACCAAGCUUCAGAACAAGGAACAUGUGAUUGAAGCCUUACGCAGAGCCAAGUUCAAGUUUCCAGGCCGCCAAAAGAUCCACAUCUCCAAGAAGUGGGGCUUUACCAAGUUUAAUGCUGAUGAAUUUGAAGACAGAGUGACUAAGAAGCGCCUCAUUCCCGAUGGUUGUGGAGUGAAAUAUGUCCCUAACCGUGGUCCACUGGACAAGUGGCGAGCUCUGCAUUCUUGA